AUGCCUUCGUCCAAGGUAAAGCCGUCAGAACGCCGCCGCUGCCAACAGGCCUGUUCCAGCUGUAAGCGACGAAAAGAGCGCUGUGAUGGCCGCCAGCCGUGCAGCCGAUGCAUUGUUCGAGGCGUCCAAUACGAAUGCUACUUCUCUCGACCACUUGAGACACCACCGCCCUCAACAAGGCCCAUGGCAGCAUCUGCAGGUGCCACGGGGUCGACCACAGUACCGUCAGCAGCAGUCGCGACAGAUGUGGCCGCCCCGGCCGUUGCAUCAGCGGCACCGCAAACCGAAAACAGCCCACAGUCUACCAGCUCGGUGUUGGCUUCCGCUUCUGUCCCGACGAAUGCCAACAGCCCUGGCCAGAAGGGGCCUCUGCCGGCGCCCACCACGUCGACCAACGCAAACGGCCUGCGACAUGACCGCUCCAUGGAUUUUGACGAGCCGGCCGGGGUCGCACAAAGCACAAAUUCCAAUGUAAGCGAUGCGUUGGAUCAGCCACGGCGCAAACGGAGGCGGUCCCAUCUGGGCUCUUCCUCGUCUGCCGCCGCCGUGCCCCAUCUCUCGCGCCUCAUCCAGGGCGGCCGUGGCAGCCUCUUUUACAUUGGCGACUCGGCAAACUUGAGCUUUCUGCAAAUCAUCCGGCGAUUGACUCGCGAGUCGAUAGGCUCUUGCAAGUUCACCGACGACCCUUUCCAGCAUCUUAUUGUCGAGGCCGCACCAUCCACCAGCAACAACUGGGUCUUGGAUGCCAUUCAGGGCCCUCCCAGCAUACCUUACGUCGAGAAGGCCUCGUCCUUGCUGACUUGGUUUUUACGCGCUACAAACUGCAUUUUGGGUAUGUACGACGAGGCCGAGCUCAGAGAGAACAUGCUCUGGUGGCUGCAGCAACAGUCGCUUAAAGAUUCGUCUCCUGGCAGCGGCCGUGACAGUCUCACAUCUGCCGACAGCGCCGCGCAGGAAGCGAUCUUCUUUCUCAUUUUUGCGAUCGGCGCCCAGGCGAGUCCCGAAGACGACGACGAGUUGGCCGAAAAGUAUUUCAAUUACGGCCGCUACAUCACAGUCUGCGGUGCCACUGUCGAGCCUAGUCUCUCUACAAUCCAGGCCUACAUCUUACUUUCCAUGUAUCUGCUUGCAGCGUCCCGCAGAAAUGCGUCCUUCAUGUACCUAGGAAUGGCCGUUCGCGCUGCUUAUGCCCUGGGCAUUCACCGGAGCGACAUCAAUGCGGCCUUCGACCCGAAUGAGUACGCGCCGCGUGAACGGCUGUGGAAGGUCCUGCGGACACUCGAUCUGUUCUUGAGCACAUCUCUUGGACGCCCACCGUCGACAACAGAAACACGCAACACCAAGGCGGAAGACAACUACUCGGCAGCAAACGACCUAUGCUCCAUCUUCGAAGCAAUAUUGACCCAAGUGUACUCGACACGUACAGUCUCGACCUCGACUAUUGAAAGGAUCAGCGAGCAACACAGGCUGUGGACAACGCGGUUUGCUUCUGGCCUCGCCACAGAUGGAAUCCAGCCGGAAGAGUUUUUGGAUCUGGAUGGCGACGGCACCAAGACACCAAACAUCGGCCUCUUCCACCUAAAGGAAGCCUAUUACUGGACCAUUAUGCUUCUAUCGCGGCCGUUUCUAAUUGAGAACAUUUCGAAACACGUUGCUCAGUCCAAGGGCCAGUACAAGAUGGACGGCGGUACUACAGCUCCAGCGAAUCCACAUUCGCCGUCGGAAGAUAUUCUUGCCUACGCUUGCGUCGAUUCUGCCAUCCGCACGAUGAGUCUCCUCCGCGGGCUCCUUGAUGCGCCGAAAGUACCGAAACGCCUUCCUUACAUAGUAAACUCGGCGUUUGUGUCGGCGCUCGUCUUGGGCUUUGCGCAGUUUGGUGACCUAGACCGGGUAUUCCCUAUUGGCAAAAGUUUGGCUAUUGCGCAGAAGGUCCUGGCACUUUUUGGCCGGCAUGAUCCUGUCUCCAACCAGUACGCUUCUAUUGUCACCGACCUCCAGGCUGCCUGUGAAGCGUACCUGGAGAAGCGUGCAAGGGGCAAGAUGGCACGGCAUUCAGUCCUUAUUGGCGGCCUGUUCGGCACAGUCGAAGACGCAAAGGCCAAUCCAGCCGCCGCUGCCGUCGCCGCUGCUGCCGCUGCUACAGGAACCGAACGCCCGGAUGACGGCGAAAGCGCCGGGCGCACAGCGGAGCUGUUCGCAAUUACGCCACAAUCGUUGUCGCCGACACAACAACAGCGAAGUCAGCAAGACCGUCAGCAGGACCUGGAGAAAAAACGACAUCAAGAGGUACAAAAUGUGCUGAAUUUGCACAGAGGCAUCCCCGGAGUUUCUGGGCCACAUAGUCUAUGCGACCCGAGUGCACCAGACAGCAACCCUCCCCAAAAUCGCGACAGCAAUGGACAGACGCCUAUGCCAGCACCAUUGCUGCAGAAGCAAAAUCCAGCCAUGUCGUCCAUACAACAGCAUUCGCCAAUGCCUCAUAUACCACCCUACUCCGGCAUUGAUUUCACCCCACCAUUCACUGACGGCAACGACGAUUUUCUCGGCCUCACAAGCGCCGCAGAGGCAGAUGAUACGCUGGUCCGCCGGCACACAAACUCAAGUUAUGACAUGGACGACAACACACCGCAAUUGCUGCCGCACAUGUCCGGUCUGCCCGACAUGAUCUUGGCCAUGUCCCCGCGCAUGAUUACUUUUGACUCGUUUGACAAGAACCUCCAGCUUUUCCCCACAAUGGAUACCACAGGUUUCUUGUAA